AGAUACAAAUAAUACAAAUUCAUAGAAUGAAUAUUCUACUCCGUUUAUCUAAAAAUAUCGGUAGGUCCUCAAAUUUACUGCGAAAUAGUUUAAAAGUUGCUGUGAUUAGACCUAACGUAAUUCAAAAUAGAACUAUUUCAUGUGGUGAACACGAUCAGAAAAACUCUAAUUUAAUUAAAUCGUUAUGUUCUAAUGCUUUAUUGAACAGAAGUUAUUCCAAACAUUCAAACACCACGAAUGAAGUAGAACAGGGUACCAGAGAGAAAAGUGAUGGAAAAGAUGACAAGGAAGCGCUAAAAGUGGAUGAGUAUGAAGGUAAUAAAGUAACUGAAUUGAUUGUGCCAUCCAAUAACACUGAUUCUACAAAUGAAAAGCAAAAUAUCGUUACUACCCAUAUAUCUGUUAUUGAUGCUUCCAAUAAUAACAAAUGUGAUUUACAAUCCAUACCAAAUGACGACGGUACAUUGAACACAAAGAAGAACGAUACAUCAAUCAUACCAUCUACAAAUGUUUGCGAUAAUAAUAACUUAAAUCAGAAUAUUAUAAAUACCCAUAUAACUGAUAUCGAUACUUCCAAUAGUGAUAAAUAUGGGUUGCAAAACUUAGCAAUUGAUGAAGGUACAUUGAAGACAAACAAGAAUGAUGAAUCAACUGAACCAUUCACAAAUGUAGUCGAUAUUAAUCAUUUAAAUCAGAAUAUCAUUAAUGCCCAUAUACCUGAUAUGGAUUCUUACAAAAAUGAUAAAAUGCAAACCUUAGCAAAUGAUGAAGGUACAUUGAAGACAAACAAGAAUGAUGAAUCAACUGAACUAUCCACAAAUGCUGUCAAUAUUAAUAACUUAAAUCAGAAUAUCAUUAAUGCCCAUAUACCGGAUAUUGAUAGUUCCAACAAUGAUAAAUGCGUUUUGCAAACCUUAGCAAAUGAUGACGGCACAUUAAAUACAAAUAAGAAUUGUGAAAUUGUUAUCGAUAUCAAUCAUAUAAUUCAGAAUACCAUUAAUAACCAUAUAUCUGAUAUAUAUACUUCCAAUAAUGAUAAAUAUGAUUUAAAUUUCAUACCAAAUAAUGACAAUACAUCAAACACAAAUGAGCUGGCCAUUAACAAUUAUAGGAAGGAUGAAAAAUCAAUUGAACCAUUCAUAAAUGUUACCCAAUACAAUAUCCAAAUAACUGAUAUGAGUGCGCUUGAUGAUGACAUAGUGAGUUGGAGCAGAGAAUUUCUUAUACCAAUCAAUGAUCUUCCAACCAAACCAUCUGAUUACAUCAGUACAUUUAAAAAAUUAUUUAAAUCAUCUAAAGCCUACAAUAAAAGCAAGAAUUUCCAGAAUAUUAAUACCCAUAUACCUCAUAUAGAUGUUUCCGAAAACGAAGAAUCUAGCUUAAACUUCUUGGUCGAGCUAAUUGAUAACGAUAUAAUUAGCAAAUUGACGUUUUUGGGCAAAUGGAGUAAUCUUGAAAAAUCUAAUGUACCGGUUGAUACCGCGGUUGCAUGGAAGGAAGAAGAAAACUGUUACAUGAAUAUCAAUACACGUUCUGAGAAUAAUAAAUAUAGAAAUUGGUUUAUGAUCGCAACUGAUAUCGGUACAUUUGCAAUAUAUAUUAAUCCGCCCAUAUCCAACUUAAGUACAAUUAUGGGAUUGCUAGUACAUACCGAUUUGAAGAUCAAGUGGUAUACAGGAAGACCACGAAUCAAUCUCAGUACAUCUAUAGUAAAUUCUUUUGAAAAUAAGAAACAUAAUACCUAUAACUUUUUAUUUGUCACAAGAGAUGCUGAGGGUGCAUUGGAAAUAAAUACUGCUCCGGCCAUACCCGAACCAAAGGAACAGGAUCAUCUCGAACAUUUUGUAGAAAACAAAAGAUGGCAUUAUUCGUUUUUAAAAAUCACUAAUGAAGGAAUGUGUUACAUAAAUAUUGAUCCAAUUUAUAACAGUUCCAGUAUGUUUGAUGGAUUGUUUGUGCCAUCGAAUUAUCAUAUCUGUUGGAAUAAACAUUAUCCAAUUGUUAAUAUUAUCAUACCCUCCGAUAAUAGAGUAUCAAAAUAUUGGUAUGGGAUAUUAGUAAGCACAAAUUCUGAAGGUAGAAUACAAAUAAAUGUGCUUCCGUAUUAUGAAUGUAUAGGUGCAAUCAGACGAAAUGAAGGAUAUAGAAUAAUCAAUACUCACAUACCUCCAGGAUUUUACUCUAAUGCAACUAAAAUAAUGGUCCAUUCUGUUUACCAACACAAUCUACCUAGGAGUGGUACACUUGAUAAAAUAACUGAACCACCAACUGAUGAUACCAUAGAAUUGAACGAAAAUGAAAAUGUUGUUAUCGAUAUUCUCACACCUGAGGAUCUCUGUAAUAACAACACAAACAAAACAUAAACAACAUAAAAAACAUAAGUUACAAUCCAUAUUCAGAAGUCUUUGUAUGAGUUCAUAUUUGUCAAAAAAAUCCACUAGGAAGAGUUACUAAGAAAUAUAUAUUACUUUAUAUAUAUCAUUUCAAAUCUAAGUAAGAAAGUGAAGGCACUUAUGAACUAAUUUAAAACAAACCUGAUUAAGAGCAUCAGGUCUUAGCAACCAAUAAACAAAUGUAUACUGAAGGCUUCUGGAUUGGAUUUGCAUAUACUAUUCAAAAAUUGUAAUGUCUUGACCUGUGCACAGUUCAAAAAACAUGCAGAAAUCUUAAGAACAGUUGAGAAGUAUAAUAUUAAGACGAUUCAAGUUAUUGAUUAAUUUGUAUCAAAAUGAAUCAAAAGAAGCUAGAAAAAGAUGUGAAUACAUUUCGAUAUAUAGAUAUUUUGAGCUGUUGUUAAUUCAAACACGGAUAAAGAAAACGCCACUAUCGAUUUAUUUUGUAUUGAAAACAAAACAUAAUGAAGAAACUAGAUGUUCUUUUUAACUCUACGACUAGUUCUUAAGACUGUGAAUUCAAGAAUAACCGGAUAUAACAAAAAAUAACAAGAUAUAAAAAUGGUACCAUAAAUACGUGAAGUGCCAAUCUUUUAAUAUUAUUAAGAUCAAAAGUAAAGGUUUUAAACUGCUAAGAGAGAAAUGCUGAUGCCUCUACUAUGUGUAAACUACUUGACAUACGAAAUAACGAAAUAAUGAGAAAUACUACUAAGAAUCUCAUGGUUAUUGAGAACUUUGAAAAAUAAUUUUUGUCGACAGAAGUCAACUGAAUGAUGGUCAAGAAACCGCGUUGUUACAGGUUCGUAUCAAACAUAUUUUAAAAUUAAUUUUUUUUGCUUGUCUUUAUAGAUAGAUGUUGUAGAUAGAUCCUUCAUCAAAUAACUUUGAUGUGUAAAGUUAUUUACACAUUGAAGUAAACUUUUAAUUAUAUGUAGAUUUCUUCAACUUUAAACUAAUGGAAUUCCAACAAACAAGAACAACUUAUAGUACUGCUAACAGAAAACAAUUUGCAGGACUAGCUCAACUAUGAGCUAGUUGAGUUCCAACUAACAAGAAUUCCUAUAGUACAUCAUAAGUACUGCUUUCAAAUGUAAAGACUGCUAACAGAAAACUACUUAUAGGACUCAUGACUUAAGUAUGAAUUGACCCAGUUCCAAUUAACAAGAAAUACAUAAAGGAUUCAUGUAGCCAUCCUCAACUAUGGCCUAGUGGAGUUCCAACAUACAAGUAUAAGUUAAAGUACACAUGUAACUAUGUGACACUAUGCCCGAACCAAGUUCAGUUAAGAAGAAAAACAUAUAGGAUUCAUGUAACUGCGUUCAAGUAUGACCUGAUGGAAUUUCUAUUUAAUAUCUUGUAGUACUCAUGCAGCUGUCUUCAACUAUAAGGACUUUGUUUCUUCAACUGUGUUUCACUGUAAGAACUGCUGACAGAAAAUAACUAAUAAGACUCAUGUAGCUAACUUGAACUAAGAAGUAAGGGAAUUCCACUGAGCAGAAAAACACAAGAUUUAUGAAACUGUCUCUAGUAGCACUUAUGUAGCUAACUUGAACUGAGAAGUAAGGGAGUUCCAAGUAAACUGUCUUCAGUUACGAGAUAAGCGAAUUCCAAUUAACCAAAAUCGUUUAUUGGACUUUAGUUCUUCAACUAUAAUCAACUGUAAAGACCGCUGCCAAAGAAUACCUCUGUUAGGACUGCUGACAGAAAAUAGCUAGUAGAACUUAUGUAGCUAUCUUAAACUAAGAAGUAAGGGAGUUCCAAGUAAACUGUCUUCAUCUAUGAAAUAAGCGAAUUCCAAUUAAGCAAAAUCAUUUAUUGGACUUUAAUUCUUUAACAAUAUUCAACUGUAAAGACAAAACAGGCAAAAUAUAGUUUAUGGGACUCAUGUAGCUGUCAUAAACUAUAAGCUCAGCAAAUUUCAGCUAUAAAGUAUAAGUUAUAGUUCCCAUGCAACUGUCUUUAAUUAUUAGUUAGCGAAGUUCCAACUUAAAAGUAUCACUUAUGGGACUUAUGUGGUCGUCUCGAACUAUGAACUAAGUUAGUUUCAAGAGGAUAAAUAAUUAAGAUUUGGAGAACAAAUGUACUACUAUACCUACGAUGUUUACAGUUUUUACAAAUUUUGACCAAUUUUAUUUCAUAAAUACAUGCAGUAGAUUUGAGUAUUACGCAAAAGUAUAUUUUUAACGCAUAUUUUAUAAAUCUUCUUUAAGAU